AUGGCGUCCCCACGCGAGGAAAACGUGUACAUGGCCAAGCUGGCGGAGCAGGCGGAGCGAUACGAGGAGAUGGUGGAGUUCAUGGAGAAGGUCGUCGGCGCCGUUGACGGCGACGAGCUCUCCGUGGAGGAGCGCAACCUCCUCUCCGUCGCCUACAAGAACGUCAUAGGCGCCCGCCGCGCCUCCUGGAGGAUAAUCUCCUCCAUCGAGCAGAAGGAGGAGAGCCGCGGCAACGAGAGCCACGUGUCCGCCAUCAAGGGUUACAGAUCCAAGAUCGAGUCGGAGCUCACCAACAUCUGCGACGGCAUCCUCCGGCUCCUCGACACCAAACUCAUCGGAUCUGCCUCCAGCGGCGACUCCAAGGUCUUCUAUCUGAAGAUGAAGGGCGACUAUCAUCGUUACCUGGCGGAGUUCAAGACCGGGGCCGAGAGGAAGGAGGCUGCCGAGAAUACCCUCUCCGCCUACAAGGCUGCUCAGGACAUUGCUAAUGCUGAGCUCGCACCAACUCAUCCUAUCCGACUCGGCCUGGCCCUCAACUUCUCUGUUUUCUACUACGAGAUCUUGAAUUCUCCUGACCGUGCAUGCAAUCUUGCGAAGCAGGCUUUUGACGAGGCAAUUGCUGAGCUCGAUACUCUUGGAGAGGAAUCGUACAAGGACAGCACUCUCAUCAUGCAGCUCCUCCGUGAUAACCUCACCUUGUGGACUUCCGACAUGCAGGAUGAUGCUUCUGAGGAGAUCAAAGAAGCACCAAAACCGGACAACGAGUAA